CAGACAGGACAGACGACACAGACACCAGCCCACCAGGCGGCCAGUCAAGUCAAGACACUGACAGAAGAGACCAGCGCUCGGGCAAAGCGCAGCAUUGGAUUACAAGGCGUCACAGAGGAUAUACAACCUGCUCCCCCACCGAGACUUUCAACGCACAGGAGGAUAUACACAUACAAACACACAUACGCAUACACAUACACGAGGGCACAUAGUUAUAUUUACACACACAGACACAAACAUACACAAGGACUAGCCGACUAAAGGAGUAAAGGAGCACGAGGGACUUCCAGGGAGUGCAGCCAUGGGGAGCAGCAUGUCAUGCGUCCCCCAGCACAACUUCAGGUUCUCCAGCAAGAGCUUCCUCCGGCGGAACAGCAGUCGCCUCUUCCGCAAGAAGAACCCCCAGGAGGGACAGGAGAAGUCCAACAGCAUCAUCAACAUCCUCUGCACAGUCACCCCCAGGAAGGAGAUGUCACCAAAGGACCUGCAGGCCAUUGAGAACAUCAAGUGGGAUCCCCUAGCGUUCCCCUACGACCCGGCCAGCGGCUGGAAGAAGAGCAGCAUCAACGUCAAGAACUACGGACGCAUGAUCCACAGCUCCAAAGUGCGCUUCCGCUUCCUGCACUGCCAGGAUGUGCAUGACUGUUUUCUGGACCUCUUCCAGACCCACCUCCAUUUUCUGUCUAACAACACUAGUGGACUCACGUACCAGGGGACUCUCCCACUGAAAGAGCUCACCCUACGCAAAGUGCAGAGCCGCAGCAGCUACAAUGAACCACAGGAAUUUGCAUUCCAGAUAAAUGGUGUCAGCUUGAACCUCAUCAUCGUGUACUGCGCCAACCAGAAGGAGAUGGACAACUGGUUCGGCCUCUUGAAGGAUCAGAUCGAGGCCAACGGAGGAACGGCCAUCACUGCCGAGACAUAUACAGAGACCCAGACCAAAGAGGAUGACAGUGAGGGAGGAGAGGAACUGAGAAACUCCAUCAGCAACGAGCCCAUCUACGAGUGGGAGGGCUCCCAGCGAGAGAGCCUGGGGCCUAUCGUCUUUGUGACCAAAGUCAUGAUCCAGCACCUGCCCUGCCAGGACAAGAGCGAUCGAGUUCUGGUGAUGUACCCAGACACCCUGAUCUUCCUGUCCGAGGAGCACGAUCGGCUCUUCUACAAGGGGAAACUUUCCCUAAACAUGAUCACGGUCACCACGCCUUGUCAAGAGGUCAAGCCCAACACAUUCAUGAUCGAAGGCAAGCUAAUCAACCCCAUCAUCGUUUCGUGCCUGGACAAGAGCGACUUCCAUGACUGGAUCCAGCACCUCAAGGCUGCAGACGUGCCCAUCCUCAGCCCUCCUCCUCCCGUCUAUGACAUCAUCUACACGCCAACCCAGAGAGAGGCUCCAGACUUCGACAGGUGGAGCAACCUGAGCCACAGCCACCACAGCCACCACAGCAGCCAGAGCAGCCACACCCACAGCCAGGCCAGCAGCAGCUACGGCCAUGGCCAGCUGAGUCAGGCGGCCAGCCACCGGACCAGCGGCCAGAGCCAAAGCCUCAGCCUGAGCCUGGGCCAGAGCCAGAGCCAGAGCCGCGGCCCGGUCGACCCCAAGAGGCUAUCGCACAGUGGCGGCCGCGGCUCCCACGAGCUGCCCUUUCCCAGCGCGGAGGAUAAUCCCCUCUCCCCCGGCUACAUGGAGCCCCUCUGUUACGCCUCCAGCCGACCCCCCUCCAUCGAGACGCAGUACUCCUCCCGCCUCGGCAGCCGUAGCAACAGCGUGUCGUCCCACGCGCGGCCCCACCAGGACCUGCGGCCGCUCUCCCUGCGCUACUCCUCCCCCCAGCGCACCUCCUACCUCUCCAACGACGGCACGCAGUCCCCCAUCUACAACACCCCCUACACCUCCGUCGUCCGCAACGGGCCCCUCCAGCACGUGGAGAAGUCCCCUCUCAUCAAGUCCAACAGCUGGAGCACGCCACAGUCCUCCAUCAAGUUCCACCAUCUUCACAGCAGUGGCGGCGGCAGCAGCAACCCCCAGCGGCACUCGGACAUGUGCGGCCCCCUGAGGAAGCCUCUGUCGCCCCUGUACGACGACCCCUCCACCCCCGGUGUCGCGGCCACGGGCGCGUACCCCCUGCAGACGGCCCAUGUAAAGCCUCUGGUGCAACCCUGGCGCAGCGCCUCUGAGCAUCAUCAUCAGCAGCAGCAGCAGCAGUGCCCGUCCCUGCUACCCGCCAACUUCCGCCUGCGCACCCCUCCCCUGGGCCGCCGGACCCGCAGCAGCCUGGCACCGGAGCAGGAGGCCGGGGGCGCCCAGUGGGGAUCCGAGCAGCACGCUGAGGCCGUCUCUCGACUCAAGCUGCUGCCCGUGCCCAACACGGUGCCCGAGCACAGCGCCAUUGCACAGAGAGCGUUCCCAUCCCACGCUGCCAUGGAAACCCAGGAGAUCACGUACGGCUACUCCCCAGACGAGAACGGCUACCUUAACCCUGCUGAGCCAGAUGACCAGGAACUGGACUACGACAACAUUUGGGAAUACGACUGCACUAGCGGGAUGAUUCAGCCGGUCUCUGGAAUUCGGUCACACCGGACACCGGCAACGGACUUUGGUGCCCCGGGCCUCAACACCGCCAUGGCAACACAGGCGAGAUGGUCGUAAAAAAAGAAAAAAAAGGAAAAGCAAGAGCAACAAUGGAAGUCGACUCCCGUCUGAACUUGCGCCGCAUAGCAGACUAAUCCUACUGGCCUGGCCUGUCCUGUCCUACUGUCAAAGCAAGCAGCCAGCCAGCGUCCGGCCCGGCUAACAGGGUCCACUCUUCUUCCAUUGCUCUCUCUCUCUCUCUCUCUUUCCGUCUUUGUCUCUUUUCAUCUCUCUCUCUCUCCGUCUUUCCAUCUUUCUCUCUUUUCAUCUCUCUCUCUGUCCCUUCAGAGACCUAUCCAAUCUGUCAAGGUCCCACUCUCUGCCUCCAUCUCUCUGUCUUCCUCAAUUCCUCUCUUUCUAUCUCUCUGUCCCUUCAGAGUACUCUCCAAACUGUAGUCUAUCAGUGCCAGCCGGCGCAUGUGGACUGCCCAAACCCAUCUAUCAAACGUUGUGUCAUGUUUAUGAUGGGACAUCUCAAGGCUGAGCGUACAUAGACAUGGCAUGGGCGCCGGCCGUGGUACUAAAAAGUGGUUCGGCUGGACCUCAACAGGUGUUGAAAAUGUAAAUACUCUUCCUGAGCGCUUCGGAUGUUCCUUUUCUCUCCCCCUGUGGUAGGCUACCGGGCACUGCACUGCUGUUUAUUUUUUAUCAUCCUUAUUUUGUAUGAUAGGGGUUGUUUUUCAGAUUUUUGAUACUUUUUGUAAAGAUGAUUAUUUAUGGUUAUUAAAGAGAAGGAAUGCUGAGAAUUUGAUGCUGGUAGGCCCAGAUUGUACCCGCUCAUGUCCAUAUUUUCUAUAAAGACAGCAUUCCUUUAACAGGAUAAACGUUAGCUAUUUAUUUUGUGUUUACAAGACAUUGUGACUGCCUAAAAAGUGUAGCAUACGUGUACAGAACCGUAGCAUUUUCAAUUUGUACUCCUUAUGAUGAUGAUGAUAGUGAGUGGGUUGCUACUUUAAGUGUGUUGUGUUCUCUAUUUAUUUUUUAAUAAAACAUUUG